GAUCUCCGGGUGGAGGGCAGGUUCUGGUGCUAGACACUGGGGUCAAGGUGGACCACAGCUCUGGAAGAGGGAAGGGGGCUGACGGCACAUUUAUAUUCAUUUUAUGAGCAUUUUCUUAACGUGACCUCACACCAGUCCUGACACAAAGGGAGACUCUGCUGCCCACAGAGGCUCAGUGACCUUCCCAAGGAGGAGACUGUAGCCCCAGACCUGCCCCACUUGGCAGGCCAGUGGGUGGGAGCCAGAGUGUGCAGCUUGGAAAGACUUGAAAGCAGGCCAGGGAGUCCCAGACACAGGGUGCAGCCUCCGGAUGGGAGGGGCCCAGAGGGGGCAUCAAGGACCGGGGAUGGGGAAACUGGAUGAGGAAAUGGGAAGCAGUGGACAAGGUCCCUGGGAGGUGUGACACCAAACAAUCCAGGAAUGUGUUCAAAUGGGGUCUGCGUGGGCCCGGGGAGGUGGGGUGUGUGUGGAAGAUAACCACUGAAAGGAGCUUCAGACGUCACAGCCCAGGGCCCAGGACAGAAGCCAGGGAGCCAGGAGGGCAGCCCGUGGGUGAGCCCUGUAAGGGCCUGAGAGCUGCACAGGGCCUCAUUUGCAGGGCCCGAGCCCUCAAGCCCUCUCCACCUUUAUGUCCUCACGCUCUGCUCAGCUCCUCAGGGUGACCCCUGACAAGUGCACUCAUCCCCGGUCCUCCAGGCCCAGGUCUCAGGCUCACUGGACUCACCAAUGCGUCACUUGCUCCCAGUGCCUGGUUCUCCGACAGCUUUGCACCCAGCCUGCGGCCACUUCUCAGGCAGCCCACAGACUGGCAGAGUCCUUCUCAGGGAGGAAACAAACCUAGGUACCUUCUGGAAAGUUGUCAGGUACCAGGCAGACUCCUGAGCCCUUGAGCCUUAACCCAGGCCUAGAUAACCAGCAAAACGGCCUUUCCUACUCCUCUGACUAAUCCCAUAUUCAGCGCAAACUCCCAGUAGGAGAGGCUCAGGCCUCUGCAGGGAGUCCCCCAGCUGCGAGCUAACAUGCCAGGCAGCUUUGGAAAGAAGGAGGAGCAUUCGGUUAGUGGUUCUCAAAGUGAGGUCCCAGGACCAGCAAGGGCAACAUCACCUGGGAACCCGAUGACAAGCAAAUGCUCAGGCCCAGCCCAGCCCUCCUGAGUGACAGCUCUGGGGGCGGGGCCCAGCCUGCAGGUCCCUGUGCCUGCAGGGGAUUCUGCCAGUCACUCAAGGUGGAGAGCCCUGCCUUAGCCCUCAGUGAGCAGGUCUGCAAAGGUCUCCGGGGGCCUUGGAUUCUGGGUGUCUCCCCAACACUGCUGAAGAGCAGAAACCAGCCACCAGGUUCCCGGGCAGAAGGUGAUUCCUGGAAGCCCUAAACCUCUCUGACUUCCCCUCGAUGUUAACACUAGGGGGAGAAGCCCGAAGCUGAAUCAAAGUGGCAUUGAGCCAUCAGAGAUAAAAAAAAAUUAAAGUUCCCAAAAUAUUAUUGUUGGGAGUACUUGGGAAGGCUCUAGUGUGGUGCCUUUUCCACAAAUAUUAUGAGUCACAAUAACUAUGUUUACCUUCUUUUCCCUUCGGCAAAUAAGGAAACAUCUGUGGGGGUGCUGAUAUUUAUUUAUUUUGGGGUGAGCAUCAUGAUAGUGGAAAUAUUUUGUACGUGAUUAUAGAACCCUGGGGCGAAAGCACUGCCCCUGAGGAGGAGGGAGGAGUUAACUGGUAAAUCAUGUGGACAUGCCCUUCCAGGUAAGAAGACCCCAAUGUGUCAAUCCUUGUUUUUAGGUGACAUCACUCCAGGCAUCUUGCUUCUCAAUAAAAGGCAAGGUCAGGCCAGUGGGAAAGGGAAGGCAGUCCUGGCAGAGGGUGCCUGGCCCAGCAACCUCAAAUGUACAGCUUUUUCCUGGGCCUCAGUUUCCCCUGGUUUCUCUGCCUCGUGGGGGAGCUGCAGGCUCAGGCCUCGGAUCUGAUCUGGAGCCAGGCCCUUGGGAGGGAUCCUUUCCGGCAGAUCCCUUCAGCGGCUGCCGUAAACCUCCUGCCUCAAAAUCCUACUGACCUAAGUGACUUCAAGAGAGAGGACAAGGGGCACCCUCUGUCCUGUGAUGACAGAGUACAGAGAACAGCCCUGCUCCAAACCGAACUGGCAAGAGUCUGACCGAAGGCAGGGUGCAUCCCGACGCUACGUUCUUGAGAAUAAGGCUGGACACGACCAGCAUUUGGAGAAAAUACUGUUUUUUAACACUGGAUUGGGAGAAACAGAAGCAUGUAUCCACACAAAGACGUACACAGAAGGGUUAUAGCAGCUUUACUUGUAAAAAGCCAAGAAAUGGAAACAACCCAAAUGUCCGCUAGCAGGUGAACGGAUCAUCGAUCCUCGUCUGUCCAUUGGUCCCAACAGUGAACGCUCACUGCCGAGCAGAGGAGCUGAACUACCCACGUGUCCAACAGCAGGUGGCUCUUGGAGUCACUAUUCUGAGUGAAAGAAACUGGGCAAAAAAGACUGCCUGCUGUGUGGUUCGUUUGUGUAAAAUUCUAGAAAGUGCAAACUAAUCCCUAGUGACAGAAAGGAGAUCAGAGGUCAUCUGUGUGUGUGUGUGUUGGUCCGGGGGGAGGGGGACAUAGGGGCACAAGGAAAUGUUGGGGGUUCUGACUAUGCUCACUCUCUUGAUUGUGGCAAUGGUUUCAGGAGAGGUUACACAGGUCAAAACUUACCAGAUUAUACACGUGAAGAUGUUUAUUAUUAUGACAUCGGUAAUACAUCGGGGAAGUUUUUAAAAAUAUGGGCUGAGGAAAUAUGGGUUGGCAAUUCUCACUGCUUCUUGGAAAAACGAGUCACAUUUCUGCUAGAGCCCCUACUUUUCCUGGGGAACUGUUUUGUGUGAAGAAUUGUUGACACCCAGAAAGAGAUAACGGAUAUUCCAGAGCAAACAAUGCAUGAGAUUGUGAGUUUAGGAACAAGGAAUGAAGAACUACAGCUCUUUCAUAGUGACAGUGAUAUUACAAAUAGUCAACAAGUUGAGCAUUUCUUAUCCACCAGGCUCAUCAUUUCACAAACAUUCUCUUACUUAAUGAGCACACAGCCUUAUUCGUAGACAUUACUGGACCCAUUUUAUAGAACAGGAAACUAAGUCGGGGAAAUGAAAAGUAACUUCCCAAGGAGGGGCAGGCAGAUCCAGGAUUGGACAUGGUCUGUAGCACUGAACUCUCAGAUUUUAAACUGUGGCCAUCUCUGGCUGGUAUGACUACAACUGACUUUGGUUUACAUUUUUAAAAUUUUCACAUAGCCUAAGCUUUCUACAAUGAACAUGUACUAUUAUUAACCGGGAGUACUUUUAUUACGUUAAAAUUAUUAUAACCACUCUAAUUUUUUUAUUACAGUUGACAUUCAAGAUUAUUUCAUCAUAGUUUCAGGUGUUCAGCUUGGUGGUUAGACAAUCCUAUAAAGUGAUCCCCGAUAUUUAAAGUACCCACCUCACACCAUCCUUAGUUAUUACAAUAUUACAGACUCUAUCCCGUCUGCUGUACUUCAUAUCCACCGAGCAUUUAUGAACCACCAACUUGUAUUCCUUAAUCCCUUCACCUUUUGCACCCAGUCCUCCAACCCCCAUCCUCUCUGGCAACCCUGUUUGUUUUAGGUCGCGAUGAAUCUGUUUCAGUUCUGUUUGUUCGUUUCUUUUAGUCUGUAGAUUCCGCGGACAAGUGAAAUCACAUGGUCAUUGCCUUUGUCUGACCUGCAGCGAGCUCACCAGGAGUUCUCAAAGCCAGAGCCCCACGAACCCUGGACCGAUAUUUCCUGCGGCUGCCCUUCCUUCUCCUCCUCUAGCCCCGCCCGGGCCGCUGCCCCCUGCAGCCUGCCGCCUCCCCCGCCCCCUCCCGGGGCUGCCGUCUCCAGGCGCUGGACCCGCGCGGGAAGGCGGACGGGCCAGGAUGCAGACAGUGCCCCUGGAUGGUGAAAUAGAGGCUUGAAGAGGCUUCAUAAAGUAUCUGAGGCCACCCAGUGAGUCAAGUGGUGAAGGGCAAGUUACUGUUUUCAGAAUCCACGUGGAAUCUAACACCAUAAAACAAUGCCAAGAGGAAAGACAGGAAAACACAACAGGGAAGGAGCACCCCUGCCUGUCGCUCCAAUUCUUCAAAAGUUCCUGAAAACCUACGAGAAGCAUUGUGCACAGACACAGACGUCCGUGUGCCCCGCCAUCAGAAAGGACUUGAAAACCAGCAUCAACAGCGAACAGGUUCUCAGGAAGUUUGUACUUGUAAGACCCGAUGACUCCCAGCCAAGCACCCUUCCGAUUUCCUUGGAACCUUUGCUCAUGACAAUUCGAGAUGAGUGUUACACGCUGGGGCAGCAGAUCUGCAUCUGGGGACUUGAACUGAGCAACCCGGAGAUUGCCAGACUCGCUUCGCUUCUGGAAUUGAAGGGGCAUGCCACCUGCCCACUGACCACCCUAGAACUCAUUGAUUGUAAGAUGGAUCUGUGGUCUCUGGGAAGACUUGGGCAGGCUCUGCAGUUCAGCAGUUUGCAUUCUCUUGUCCUCGAUUACUGCAGAUUUGAAAGUGAAGAAAUGGAGAGCAUUUUCUCAGGCCUGGAGAACAACCACAGGCUUCAAGGCCUCAGCCUGCGCUACUGUGGCCUGGGGCCCCGGAGCGGGCCACUCCUGGGCUCCGUCAUCCGCCAGAGUGCCAUCUGCGAGCUGCACCUGGAUGGCAAUUACUUGCAGUGUUCUGGAGCGCUGGCCCUCCUCAGGCCCAUAGCGGAGUAUGCAGAGAUGAGGGGCAGAGGCCCGCCAGCCACAGCCUCGCCCCACUCCACCAGUCCCCCUCCCGCACUCCCAGCCAGGCAGAGAGGAAGUUCAACUUUGAACCAGAUGACCAAGUCAUCUGGAACUGUGAAAGCUACUUCAGGGAAGAAGAGGAGAAAAAACGGAAUCAAGAGAAAAAUUAAAGGUUUGACUGAAGCUGGUCCUUGGUUAGUGAAAUUGUAUUUGGCAGAUAAUGGCAUAGAUGGAAAAGGAAAAGAUGGAGAAAACAGUUUGUUGGAAUUCACUCAGAUCUUAACAUGCCUGAUCAAAUACUCUGCCCACUUAAGGGAACUUGACCUUGGAAACAAUGUCCUGGGAGAAAUGGCUGCUGUUGACAUACUUGAAGCCCUGAGAGCCAGAAAGACAGGUAAACUCCCAGUCUUAAAAGUUACAGUCACUCCUCAGAUCUCUUCGGACACCUUCGGAUCUAUUUGGAAAAGCAGCAAUAAAUCUAAUGUUACCCGUAAAAGGAAGAAAAAGUUUAAAAACUGAAUAUGGAUGCCAUGUUUUCUUAUGGAUGCUAUUUCCAUGGCCAAGGAGACACACAUAUAAAGAUAUUGCUUGUUAUAUGAUAAUAUUUCUCACUAUAACCAAGCCUCUUUCAGGUUCUAAAGUGUGAUAAGACUAUUGUAUGAAAGUUCAAAGUAGUUUUAAUCCUAUCAUGCUUGUCAUUUUCUAAAAUUUGGGGUUCACAAGUAAGCCUUAGUAAAAAUAGGUGGGAUUCUUCUCUAGGGCUUUUUCUCUUUUGCAUGUGAAAUUUACAAUUUGAAGAAAGUCGUGAUUUUUAUCUAAGAAAGAAUCUUCUUUCAUAAGUAUAUCCAUAGUUGGGAACAAUAGGAAUGUUUGGAAAUAAUAACCACUUUCUAAAAGAUAAUAUCCCCUAAACGGGGAUCUUACACAAAUGAGGAAACGUCUAGUCACUUUACCCCAAUUCAAAUCUCAGACAGCUCCAUGGGAAAUGGUAGAGGUAUGGUUGAUCAUUGCAUGGAUGGUAAAUUAGAUUAAGUUGAAUUUUAUAUGACAUGAUAAUAUGGUGCGGAAAUGAAAAGCACAGACCUCAGAAUAAAAAAAAAUAGAAUUCUCUUUGGAAACCUGUGACUUUUAACAUAUGACCUUGGGCAAGUCAGUUAACCUCAUUGUGCCUCACUUUCCCCUAAUGCAGUGGUUCUCAACCUUCUGGCCCUUUAAAUACAGUUCCUUAUGUUGUGACCCAACCAUAAAAUUAUUUUUGUUGUUACUUCAUAACUGUAAUG